UUCUGUUUAAAAGCAGAGCUGUCUUAAAAAAUCUUUGAAAAAUACCCGAAAUAUAUUUUUUCGGGCUUCCCACAACAUGAAACGCACUGUAGAUUUUUACAACUGGAUAGUGCAGCCACAGCCCUGGAUCCCUGGCCACAACAAAUCUGGUCCUUGGAGGGCGGGAACUCAAUCGAAUAAAUUCGCAAAAAUUUGCCAAAUGUUGCACAUUCGCCAUGGAACUCCGCUGCGCAGUGGCAGUGCUCCUUUCUGCCAGUCUUUGUGGAGUGCGGGCCAUGUUGUGGCCCCAGCAACUUGCUUUGGAGGAGCAACUGGCCGACCAGAUUGCCGCCACGCUCCAGAAGAUUUUCACCAAUGGCCUUGCGGCUCACAAUUGCAGUGUGUUUAUCAGCUCCGCCUACGAGGAAAUGGACGCGGAUCGGGUGAUUCUGGUGCAACGAGUUCUCCAUCGAAGCUUGUACCAGCCGAAUGCGCCAGUGCCCGUUGUCCUGGCCACCGAAAUGAACCGGAAAAUCACCGCCCACGUCUUCACCCAGUUGCUGUUCGUCCAGAGUGCUGAGCAGGCCAUAGCCAUCGCCGAAGGAGUGAACAGAAACAGGAUGUGCCUGAUCGUACUGUUGACAUCCCAGCCGAAACGGCCCAUUAUGGCGAGGAUUUUCACGUAUUUCAUGCAGGAGCGAUACAACAUCAACGUGGUGAUCCUGGUGCCCGGUGUGCAGCGAGUCCAAGCCUUCAAUGUCCGGCCGUACACACCCACCAGCUGCACGAGCGUGGAGCCCGUGGAAAUUGAUAUAAAUGAGGGCGAUUUGUGGGACGUCUUUCCCAGCCGGCUGAAGAACCUACAUGGGUGUCCAUUGAGCGCGGUCGUGUGGGACAUACCGCCCUAUAUGCGCAUAGAUUGGAAGAGCAGUGAUCCGAUGGACGGACUGGAUGGGUUGGACGGAAAGCUGCUACGGAUCGUAGCUCGCAAGAUGAACUUUACGCUGAGACUGAUUCCCAACGAACCGGAGGGACUGAUAGGUGGCUUCAGUUUCAUGAAUGGCACCUUCACGGGAGCCUACAAAAUGCUCAGGGAGCGAAGGGCCAAUAUCACCAUUGGCUGUGCCGCCUGCACGCCAGAGAGAUCCACCUUUCUGGAGGCCACGAGUCCGUACAGCCAGAUGGCCUACAUAAUCGUGAUGCGGGCCAGGGGCGGCUAUAGCAUCUAUGAGGUCAUGCUGUUUCCUUUCGAGAAAUACACCUGGCUGCUGCUCAGUACGGUAUUGGGUCUGCAUUGGAUUGUGGGCAGUCGCUGGCGAAUGCCAUCCCCCAUUUUGGCCGGCUGGAUGCUCUGGAUCUUUGUGAUUCGGGCCAGUUACGAGGCAUCCGUCUUCAACUUUAUACACAACUCACCGGUGAAGCCAUCGCCUCGCACUUUGGAGCAAGCUUUGAACGGUGGCUUCCGGUUCAUCACCGAUCAUGCCACGUACAGGAUGACCCUGCAGAUACCGUCGUUUCAGGGCAAGACUUCGAUCUCCGCGGGACAACCGGUGGAUGUGUUUGAUGCUCUCAUGAAGGCGCCCUGGAAAACAGGCGCCUUCACCAGUCGCGCCUUUUUGGCCGAUCACCUGGUUAGGCAUAGGAAACAUCGCAAUCGGCUGGUGAUUUUGGCCGAAAAGAUCAUCGAUAAUAUGCUCUGCGUGUACUUUCCCUAUGGCUCCUACUUCGCCUGGGAGAUCAAUAAUCUGCUCUUCAAAAUGCGAAGCUUCGGCAUUUUCCAGCACCACUCGCAGAUCCUCGCCUGGAACAGCAUGCCCACCACCACGGACACGGAUUCGCCGGGCCAAACCAUUCACUCCUCUACGGAGAGUGCGGUCACGGGAUUUGCCGAGUCCAUGAGCUUCGUCUUGGCAGCACUCAAUUGCUUGAUGGGAGCACUGUGUGUUUCCAUUGUGGUUUUUGGUCUGGAGCUGCUGAGUCAAAGGCGCCGCUGGACGGGAUUAGCUUGGCUAUUCGAAAGAGUCUGAGUGGUAUUUGAUUAUUCU